CAACACCCCAAUCAGCCGCCCCCGCCCCCUUCUGGCCUCUGCAAACCGCCAUACCCUUCUCCCCCCGCCCUUCUGCAAACCCUUCUCCGUCCGUCGCGGGUCGCUCGCUCGUCCUCGCUCUUGCUCGCCCUCGGCGCCUCGCUCUCGUUCGCUGCCUCUUCUCGCUCUCGCUCUCGCUCUCGCUCGCAGCCUCGCUCCGUGGCUCGCUCGCCCUCGGCGCCUCGCUCUCGCUCCUGCAGUCUGAUUGAGGAGAAUGGUUCCCAAUUUAAUCAAUGCCAAUCCAACUGUGUAUGAAAAAAAGGAGCGUCGAGCCCGAACUGCACCAGAUGAUGGGGAUGAAUACGCCGUGGAACACAUUGACCAGUUGGAAAUUUUUGAUCAUCUUAGAGACAUAAAAGAUCCUGAGCAUCCUUAUUCAUUGGAAGAGCUGAAAGUUAUUACAGAAGAUGCAAUUGAGGUAGAUGAUGAGCGUAACUAUGUGAGGGUGACAUUCACUCCAACAGUUGAACAUUGUAGUAUGGCAACAGUGAUUGGACUUUGCUUGCGGGUGAAACUCAUGCGCAGCCUGCCUUUGCGUUAUAAGGUGGAUAUCAGGGUGGCUCCUGGGUCUCAUGCAACUGAAGCUGCAGUUAAUAAACAGUUGAAUGACAAAGAGCGGGUUGCAGCUGCGUUGGAAAAUCCUAACCUUGUAGAUAUGGUUGAUGAAUGCCUGGCUCCGUCCUGUGCCUGAAAGAGAGCUAAAGCAUAUUUUUUCUGUUUGUAGACAUCAGCAGCGACACACGGUGUCGGUGGUCGGUCACCCACCCAGUCGUCACUUUAUGACCGUGAUAUAAUACCCUUUGUAGCUUUAUUUCUUUUUUGGUUAACCUAAAUUGUUUGUCAGAAGAAUAAUGGGUUAAUUAAGCACGUGAUCCUUGUAAUGUGGUCAUCAUUCCAUUUAUUACAUAUAUAUUUCUUUGUGAUAUUCAAUUCUUUAGUUAUAGUAAAGAUUAUACCUGAGUAAUCUUUUUUGGAUCAA